AUGUCAGAAUCCGCUGAUGCACCGGCGGACACGCUCUUCAGACCCGGUAAGCGAAGGAAAGUCUUCCGCAAACGCAACUUCGACGACGACCACGAGGAAACCGCGGUCGGAACUCAGCUCCCAAAAGAGGCAAAGGCGAGCCACAGCGGCGGUCAUGUCGAAGAUUCAACUAACCUAUCGUCGGUGGUUCGGCGACCAAACAUCAAGAAGUAUGGCAUUGGUUUUGGCGGCAUUGGGAAUCCAAGUGUGGUGAAAGAGGCUUCGUCCACCGACAAUGCUCUCGUCCCCAGCGAAACCCAGGUCCCCGCAGCUGCGCAGGCCGAUCGCUUCGUUAAGCCGAUGGGUAAAGCUGAAGUGAUCGAAGAUAAGCACCUCAAAAUCCUCGGACCAGAGCAGGGAGAAAGCUCGGCCAGAUUUAAGCCAAAGACCCCAUUAACCCACGCAGAGCGGAACAAGGACUAUCUGACGCGUGCCCAACGCAAGCAGCAGAAGGCCAUGCGCAGACAACCGAAGAGGGGCGAAGACGAUGUCGUUCGCGACGAUAUGAUUGAUCAAAUCUUCCGAGAAGGCCAAGUCCCCAUGUACGACCAGGCUCAGUCGAAGGCGGAAACUUAUAGCGACGAUGGGCUGGAUCAUGAUGAGGCAGCUGCUCGAGCUUUCAAGGCUCGGUUUCUCGCUGACAUGGAGAUGCAACGCAGGCGCAAGCCAUCCUCUACGUCUGCAACUACCAAAAGCGCAGCACCGGCAUCCACUGGACCUAAGCUUGGAGGCAGUCGCAGUAUGAGAGAGAAGAUGAAAGCGCUUGAGGCGGCCAAGGAGAAGACUGGCGUAAAGAAGUGA